AGGCGCAGACGUGGCCCAGGCUCGCGGCCAACAGAGGUUGGCGGCUCGGGAGCCGGCAGGCUGUUGGUUUGAGCGGGACUUGAGAGCGGCGGCCGCUAGAGCCCGCGCCAUGGUGGAGAAGGAGGAGGUCGGUGGCGGCAUCAGCGAGGAAGAGGCGGCGCAGUAUGAUCGGCAGAUUCGUCUGUGGGGAUUGGACGCUCAGAAACGGCUUCGGGCUUCCCGUGUGCUUCUUGUUGGCAUGAAAGGACUUGGAGCUGAAAUUGCCAAGAAUCUCAUCUUGGCAGGAGUGAAAGGACUGACCAUGCUGGAUCACGAACAGGUAUCUUCAGGUGAUCCUGGAGCUCAGUUCCUGAUUCGAACUGGGUCCAUUGGCCGAAAUAGAGCUGAAGCCUCUUUGGAAAGAGCCCAGAAUCUCAACCCCAUGGUGGAUGUGAAAGUGGACACUGAGGAUAUUGAGAAGAAACCUGAGUCAUUUUUCACUCAAUUUGAUGCAGUGUGUCUGACAUGCUGCUCCAGGGAUGUCAUAGUUAAUGUUGACCAGAUCUGUCACAAAAACAGCAUCAAAUUCUUCACAGGGGAUGUUUUUGGCUACCAUGGAUACACAUUUGCCAAUCUUGGAGAGCAUGAGUUUGUAGAGGAGAAAACCAAAGUUGCCAAAGUUAGCCAAGGAGUAGAAGAUGGACCUGACACCAAGAGAGCAAAACUUGAUUCCUCUGAGACUACAAUGGUCAAAAAGAAGGUGGUUUUCUGCCCUGUCAAAGAGGCGCUGGAGGUGAACUGGAGCAGUGAGAAAGCAAAGGCCACUCUGAAGCGCACAACCUCCGAUUACUUUCUCCUGCAAGUGCUUCUGAAAUUCCGCACAGAUAAAGGAAGAGACCCUAAUUCUGAUACCUAUAAGGAAGAUUCUGAGUUGCUGCUUCACAUUCGGAAUGAUGUCCUUGACUCUCUGGGUGUGAGUCCUGACCUGCUUCCCGACGACUUUGUCAGGUACUGCUUCUCUGAGAUGGCCCCAGUGUGUGCAGUGGUUGGAGGGAUCUUGGCACAGGAAAUUGUUAAGGCCCUGUCACAGCGCGAUCCUCCUCACAACAACUUCUUCUUCUUUGAUGGCAUGAAGGGGAACGGAGUCGUGGAGUGCCUGGGCCCCAAGUGAGCGGGGACUUGGCACUCCCCAAGAUGCUGCCCGCAGCGUGCCCACCUGUCCUCCCCCUCCUGUCCCCGGGUAGGCGUCUUCUGACAGGGUGGAGUGAGGCACCAGCCCAGCACAGAGCCGCCAUGCGUGAGGAGGUGGUGUCUGGUGCCGGUUCUGUCUCCUGCAGCUGUGCCUUCGUUCCAGCGCUGUCUGGGACCCAGGCGCCCCAGGCCCACCAGCUCCCCUGAGUGUGGUCUCCUGCUCGCUCCCUUAUGACAUCUCUGUCCUGGCGCCAUGGACAUCACUGGCUCCCAGGGGACUGGUGGAGACUCUGCCAGCAGCCAGCACACCUCCUUGCUUAGAAGCCUCUUGUCACCUUCUUGGACUUACUCCCCACCUGGUGUCACAGAGAGAUGAGUGUGACAUCAGGUGGGGAGCAUGGCCUGAGCUGGGUGACACUGUGGUGGAACCGCUGGUCCACGCUUAGACAGGUGCCCUUAGCCGGGAAAGCAUGACAGGCAGAAUGUCCUUCCUCCAGAAUUUGACAUCCUGGAAAACAACAGGUGGGAUUGGGUGCAGCUCUUGAGUUUGAGUUUAGGAUUAGUCACGUUCCAGCCUGGAUUUCGGAAGGGGGGAACGUUACCAAGUUCUGUGGCCAGUGGAAUAUUAGCGGGAGAACCUAUUUUAGAAAAGCAGAUUCCUGGGUCCCACUGCAGAGACCCCCUAGAAACCAGGCAGCUCUGCGCUUCAAGGUCCUUCAUUCACCCCCUGAAUCGCAGCUGUUGGUGUUUUGCGUAUUUUCUACAUGGUUCUUUAAUAAGGAAUGAUAAUAAAGUUAUUUGCUUUAGG